GUUAUAAGCUGUGUGUGAGUGCAGUAGUGACUUGAAUGUGACUCAUUGGCCUGAGUGAGACUGAUGACAUUUCCUCCUCUGCUUGCCGUAGUCACAUGAACACAAGCACCACACACCAAGAUAAUGUGUCUCGAAGUUAAUGCAGCUUUGUAAAAUAUUUGAGUAUUAAAUAGACUUUAAUAGCAAGUGCAUGAUACACAUAAAUCAAGCAAACUGUGGUUGGUCAGUUUGUGUUUCUCAGAGUUUCUUUUACAGAAUAAAGUAUAAUGUGGAUCAGGCUGAAUAUUUGUGAUAGACAAAAAAAAAAAAAAUCAUUGUUCUCUCCCCUUUUGGCUGAUACUGUUAUAACUUGAGCCAAGUAACGGGAUCCCUGCUGUGGACAGUGAUCUAGAAAAAAAUGGGGUGAACAUUAGGAGUAAGAAAGAGCGGAGAAUGACCGCUAGAUGGGGCUUCCUUGUUUGUGAUGGCAUGAUGUCUGAGGGAGGAGGUAGAAGAGAGAGAGAGAGACAGACAGAGUGUGGGAUGGAGAGGACCGGCUUCACUUCAGCAUUAUGUGAACGUGUCUUCCUGUUUCUCGGUUUGCUGUAGCCAAUGUCUGUCUCUGCCAUACUGAACACUCAGCUGCAACUUCUUACAUGGAUAUGUAGUCUAGUUUGAAAUUAUCUGUCGCUGUGCUGCUAAUUUGGAAAAUGAAGAAGAAGAGAGAGUUUUGAUGAAUGAAUAGAAGUGGACGGAUAUCAGAACAACAGAUUGAUUUCACUAAAAAUCGUAGAAUCAGUCCCUGACGACCUCACGCCUGAGGAGCAGAAAGAGCUGGAAAACAUCCGCCGGCGAAAGCAGGAGCUGCUGGACGAUAUUCAGCGUCUGAAAGAUGAGAUAGCCGAAGUGACAAGUGAGAUCGAGAACCUGGGUUCCACAGAGGAGAGGAAAAACAUGCAGAGGAACAAACAAGUGGCAAUGGGCCGCAAGAAAUUCAACAUGGACCCCAAAAAGGGGAUCCAGUUCCUCAUUGAAAAUGACCUUCUGAAGAACACCAGUGAAGACAUUGCACGCUUCCUCUACAAGGGUGAAGGUCUUAACAAGACUGCAAUAGGAGACUACCUGGGAGAGAGGGAUGACUUCAAUAUCCAAGUCCUUCAUGCUUUUGUGGAGCUGCAUGAGUUCACAGAUUUGAACCUGGUUCAGGCUCUCAGGCAGUUUCUCUGGAGCUUCAGACUUCCUGGUGAGGCCCAGAAGAUCGACAGAAUGAUGGAAGCGUUUGCAUCCCGGUACUGCCAGUGCAACCCCGGCGUCUUUCAGUCCACAGACACAUGCUACAUUUUGUCCUUCGCCAUCAUCAUGUUAAACACCAGCCUUCACAACCCAAACGUUAAGGACAAGCCCACAGUAGAGCGUUUCAUCUCCAUGAACAGAGGCAUUAAUGAUGGAGGAGACCUGCCAGAAGAACUGCUCAGGAAUCUAUAUGAGAGCAUCAAGAACGAGCCCUUCAAAAUCCCUGAGGAUGACGGCAAUGACUUGACACACACUUUCUUCAACCCAGACAGAGAGGGCUGGCUGCUCAAACUGGGAGGAGGACGCGUCAAAACCUGGAAAAGACGGUGGUUCAUUCUCACAGAUAACUGCCUUUACUACUUUGAGUACACUACUGAUAAAGAACCAAGAGGCAUCAUCCCCCUGGAAAACCUCAGCAUCCGUGAAGUAGAGGACAAGAAGCCGAACUGCUUUGAGCUCUUCAUCCCUGACAAUAAGGACCAGGUGAUCAAGGCAUGCAAGACCGAGGCGGACGGACGGGUCGUUGAAGGAAACCACACUUUCUACCGCAUCUCAGCUCCCACCACCGAGGAGAAGGACGAAUGGAUGAACAGCAUUAAGGCGGCCAUCAGUAGAGAUCCUUUCUACGAGAUGCUGGCAGCGAGGAAGAAGAAGGUCUCCUCUAUGAAGAGACACUAGAGCUGCUCAGGACGCUGUUGUUACAGAUUCAGGGCUACUGGAACUGCAAAGAGAAAAACAACCCCAGCUUCAGAAAGAAACCAGACCGGAUCAGCGAGGUCACACCUUGCUAGACUUUGCACCUCUUUUUAAAAGUCUUCUUGCUCAGCUCAAGUACUUGUGUGUGUGUGUGUGUGUGCUGGAAGGAAGUCAGUGGGCUUUUUACUUGCUGCUGCUUCCUUGAAACCCCCAAAGAGAACAUUUUUCCUCAUGCUUAACCAAAAUACGUUCUUUCUCGCUCUGUCCUCUUUCUAUACCUCUCGUCUCUUGCACACGCGCACACUCUUGCAUUUUCUGAAAUCAGCAGGUCUGACAGAAUGUGGAAAACCAGACGGAAGCUUGCACAAGCGGUUUAGUCUUCAGAGGUUUAUUUGUGUUUAAUUGUAAAAAAAAAAAAAAAAAAAAAACAUUUUCCAAGAGACUUCUAUAAUUUGCAAAGGAAAUCCAAGUUUGUAGGGUGGGUGGGGAAUCACCCUAGAUUUGUUGGCAGAUGGAUUUGCCCCUAACGGUAAACGGCUCCACGGGCAUUUCUUUGUUUUUUCAGAAGACGCCAGUGUCUUGAGAUGCGACGUGUAUUUAGCAUGUUGUGAGAAGCUGCUGCAGUGCUGUGAAUAUCGGCAGCUGGGUUUGCAGCGUGUCGUUCUGCACACGUAAGCUGAAAGACUGGAUGGUGGCCAGCUAAGGAUUAUGGGAUAUCACCAUUACCAGGAUAUCAUGCAUUGGUACUACCUCUCAGACAGACAGGACGGUUAUUAGCAUAUGGUUUUUAUUUUACGUGAGGUCAUCGAGUGUUUGGACCUUCAAAUAAAAUGCUUUUAAUAAAAAGAAUAAAUGUGCCUACAAACUAAUUCAGUAAAGACUGUCAAUGGCAGUUCAAUCAGAAGUCCUCCGGAUGCUCCAGUGCCUGCUUGCGUUUCUCCUUCCUUUCUUGGGUUUCCAUCGGUCUAGCAGUUAUUCUUCAAGCAAAAUGUUAAAUGUAAGCAGUAUUGGUUUAAUUUAUCAAAGAUGUACAUACUUUAGUGUAUAGAGAAUAUUGGUUUCCAUUUUAUACAUGUGUGUACUGUAUGUAGCAGUAUUGUACUAGUCGAGUGCCAUUUUCUUUCUAUUUGAUUUUUGUGUUCUGGAGGUCGAUACCAUUGUAGUGGUAGCCAGAUCAUGCUGAAAUAAAGACAUUAUAGCA